UAUAAAUACAGCACGUGUUUGACGGUCAGUGUAGUACGACUUGCCAACAUGAAAGUCGCGGGGUACCUUACGCUGAUACUUGCUGUGAUCGUAAAAACCGCGGCAGUCUCUCUCCUAACAGACGACAAUGUGCAUAAUUCUACAAAUCAAGAUCUCGUCGGAGUGGACAGUCAAAAUGUGGACGUGUUCAGACAACUACUGAAUCAAGAAACUAUCAUCAGAAUGACCUUGGUCAAAAAUGUCCACGCGUUGAUGAAAGACAUGUUGACUCUAAAGGAAAACCUCGCUGUGGCCGAACAGAAACUUUCAACUCUACAGUUAUCUACUGAUCACGAAAUUUCGGUACUGAAAACAGAAGUCCAGGAAUUAAAACUCGAAAAUCACGUGUUGAAAAAUGAGAGUAGAGUACAAAAUAGGCGCCUCGAAGAAAUGGAAAGAAACAUAACACAAAUUACUGAAAAUCACGAGGAGUUCCAAAGAAAAAUCGAUAUUGAUCGGAAGGCAUUUGAACUUAAUGUUUCAGACAUACUGGCAGACAUUAAAAUCGAGGUACGGUAUUUGUCUAUAACCUUACUGGAUCUAAACGCACACACUCGUCAAAUUGAAAGAGAAAUUCCGGACGUCAUUGAUCAAAAGACCCUAGCGAUGUUCGAGUCUGUGAAUACGUCAUUGGAAAAUUUCAACGCGACAUUAAUGGCUACGGACAACAAAUUUUCAGCUCAAUUUUCGGACCUCGAGAAUUCACAUUCUGGAGUUUUGACAACUGUAACUGGUAAUUAUCCUACAUCUUUUAUACAUUACUCUCAACAUUCUAAUGCAGAUCUUAAGAAGAAAGUGGCCUUCACCGCGGGAGUGACGUCUAGCAGUACUACCUGGAACAGUGGGACGUUAGUAUUUCCGGUUGUUAUUAACAACAUCGGGGGUGGAUACAAUCCCAGUACUGGUGUUUUCACGGCCCCUACAGAGGGACACUACGUCUUCUUCGUCACUGUCGUGGAAUAUAGUAAACAAAAUAUUUAUGUUGACAUUGUCCUGAAUGGGUCAUCAAAGGUCAGAACAAUAGGAGAUGCAAGUGCAGGUUUCCAGACUGGAGUAAACAUGGCUGUCCUGCGGCUUCAGCAGGGAGACACUGUGUGGAUCAGAUAUCACGCUGGCAAAGGUUAUUUCACCAGUAAUACUCCCAUCACAACGUUCUCUGGCUUCCUCCACUAACUCAAGACAUCGUUAUACAUGGCAGUCCAAGCAUCACUGAAAUUUUCAUAAUAAACUUGAAGCGCCAUU